GUGGAAGAGCUUCUGGAGCUCGUGAAGGGCCUGCAAAAGAAAUACCACGAGGAAGCCGUCCAGAUAAGAAUAGGGAGAAGGAAAAUUUCUCCAAAAGACUGCGUGGCAGCCUCCAUGACUUGGCUUACAAAGAUUGGCGAUAUUGUGAUCAAAUUCUCACCCAAUCCAUCCGGCCUUGCAUGGUCAGUCAUCAAAGCUCUUUUACAAGUUCCAGUGACCAGUGCAGGGGAAACGACUGCUAUCCUCGCAUCUUCUGCGAGAAUCCUGGGCAUACUUGGGCGUGGAAAAGCAUACGAGGCCGUGUUCAAGGACGACAACACUCCCCUGGAACGGCUGCAGACUCUGGAAAUUGGGCUUGUUGCACUCUAUGCCAAAUCGUUGGACUUGCUUGCAUAUGCCGCCCAGCAUUUCAAGAAUGAUUAUCGAAAGGUCCUUGGAUGGAUUACGGAUCCAGGACAUGCUGAGUCCAAUAUGGCUGAGUUGAUUCAAUGCGAAAGGGAUGUCGUCUGGGCAGCUGAGUGCUGCGAAAAGGCCCGUCGCACCGCCGCCGACAAAGGACAUACAGAGCUUCUUCUGAGUCUUCGCGAGUCUACUACGCAUAUUUUUGACGACAUGCGCCGUGUUUUCGACGAAAUGGAAGCCCAGGAGAUGCUUAAGGCGCUUGACUAUUUCAGCAACGUCAAGUUUGGAGAACAGCAUCAGAAGAAAGCUGAGGCGAGAACCCCAGGAACAGGUCAAUGGCUGCUGCAGCGUUGCGAGUUUCAAGAUUGGGACAGCACUGAAAGCUCGGCCAUUUUAUGGCUUCACGGUACUGUGGGUAUGGGCAAGUCCUUUCUUGCAUCCAGUGUCGUUGAUCACUUUCUCAAUCCUCAUGAUGCGGCAUCAAAAUCCGCCGCCCCUGAUGCCGAGGAUGAUCAAGGAUUUGCCUUCUUCUACUGCGAACGCGGUUCGGCUGAUCUCAGCGAGCCCAUUUCUGUUCUACGCAGUUUUGUCCGGCAACUCUCUAUUGUUCCUUGCUACCCAAAUCUCAUGCAGAAUAAAUACAUACAGCUGUACCGAGAGAAGAGGAAGCAAGGCUCUAACCUCAGUAUCAAAGAAUGUCGAGACCAGUUGCUCGUGUCCGCAAACCUUUACCCCAGGACGACACUGAUUCUGGAUGGGUUAGACGAAUGCAAUCCAGAAGAGAGGUGGAAGCUUAUUGACGUUCUCUCCGAGCUAGUCAAUCAGGCAGAGAAUUCUGUCAAGCUUUUCAUUUCGAGCCGGCGAGAGCAAGAUAUCGCGGCGCACCUUGAUUCUCACAAUGUAAUCGAGAUUAACGCCGGCGAUAAUUGGCAAGAUAUUGCAAAUUUCGUCAAACAAAGGAUUGGAGAAACCGAAAAAACUGGGAGAUGGAACUCCAUUUCUAAAGUUCUCAAGGACAAGGUCGAGAAGACUGUUUGUGAGAAAAGCCAGGGAAUGUUCAGGUGGACAUAUUUACAGAUGGACCAACUCUCAAAAUGUCGCCAGGAAAAGCAACUAGAAGCACGACUAGGAAAGCUUCCCAAGACAUUAAACUCUACUUACGACGAGCUCUUUCGAGGGAUUCAAGAGGGUGACCGAGAAAUCCUGGAGAGGGCCGUUAAGUGGGUUAUGUGCACCACGAGUCCCUUCACAACCAACCAGAUUCUUGAUGCUGUUCGGCUUUCUAUAGCCAGUGAUGGGACAAGACUCGAUUGGGAUCCUAUGAUUACCGAGGCCACUUUGCUAGACAUCUGCAGCCACUUGAUUGUCAAGGACUCAGAGUCUGGUAAGUGGAAAUUCCCGCACACAUCGGUAAUUGAGUACUUUGAAGAAGUUCACCUUUGGAACCUCGAGCAAUCCCACUCGUUUGUUGCCAAGAUCUGUCUUCUAUAUCUUCUCGACGACGAAAAGGUUGACUGGAUGAUAUCGAAGGCUUACCUAGAUGAUAUCUACCUGUCUACCGGGGAACUGGCGCAGGAUUACGGUAUCAUCCAUGGCUUUCAACAGUACGUGGGGCUCAGAUGGUUCAGACAUAUUUCGACGCUCGAAAAGCUGGAAUCGCGUGAAGCCGCGGUCUCAAAUCUGCUGCAACAAUUCCUGGGAACCGAUCAGACGCCCAUUCAGAGUAGUCGUCACUACCGGCGUUGGGUCGAGCUGUUCUUCGGCGGUCAAGAGAAUGAUACCGAGAGGGACUACAGCUACGAAGAGGGUUAUCACGAGUUUUUCCCCGCUGAAUGCCCCCUGAUUGGGAUAUGCAUCCUUGGCUUUUAUCAUCUCUUGCAAGACUACUGGACAUCUCCCAUAGAUGUGCUUCCCAUUAAUAAAGCAAAGAGAGACUUGCUCUCAAUUGCUGCAUUUCAUGGCCACUUGGAAAUCUGCGAGAGACUCAUUGAGCACGGCGCCAAUGCAAACAGACAGAUUGACGACCAUCCCAAUGACUAUAGUGCAUUGAGCACAGCCGUGCGUCAAGAACAUGUCGACAUAGUGAGGCUUCUCAUCGAUCAUGGAGCAGAUCCGAAUCUUCCGAACGGCGCAAACCCAAAUAUCGGGACUGAUGACGAACGCUUUGACAACCUUCUUCUAGCGGCAGCAGUUGAAAAAAAUCGUGAUAUGUGUCGACUACUCCUUGAACAUGGAGCAGAUGUCAACGCGCAUGCGGAACGCGGGAAUUAUGGCAGCCCCCUUGCAGCAGCAGCAUAUAACGGCGAUCAAGACCUAUGUCAGCUGUUCCUUGGCCAUGGAGCAGAUGCUAACGCCUCUCUCGACUCCGGCAAUUAUGUUACUGCCCUUGUUGCUGCUGUAGUAGGAGGCAACAAAGAAGUGUGUCGGUUAUUGAUAGAG